UUUAGGGCAGUAAAGGAGGGGCAGCAUGAGAGAAAAAUGCACUGAGCAACCUGAGGUCUACCUGCAAAAACUUGUUCACCCUCUUAUUUGUUUUCAUUUUUCCAUUGGGAUUCAUCACAACUAGGAAGUGUGGUUCUGAGAUACAGGCAUUGGAAAUGCCUCAGCCGGAUGAGGGUCUACCUUUCCCCUUAGUGAGUGAGUACACAGAUCACCGUAGAACUGGAGGCAUGAUCGUACCGUAGCACUGGCUUCAAGGGACACUGGGACUCACACUCUCACAGAUGGAGAUGGGUGUGGCAAAGCAGAAAGGGACUCGUCGGCGAGUUUGGAUCCAGUACGUCAUUUGGUGUCUUGGUUUUCUUUUGGUGCUCGGGACUAUUUGCAUCUACCACAUCUUCAGUACACAUCUCCUCAGACAGAGAAUAGCUCUGCAUGUUGAUCUAGAAUCGUUCUAUGUGCCUUACCCAAACAAAUACCGCUUCAUCCUGGACCAGCCAGAUGCGUGCGAUCGACACAACCCGUACAUCGUGAUCAUCGUCCCGGUGGCUCCUCACGACAUGAAGGCGCGCAAUGCCAUAAGAAGCACUUGGGGGAACGACAGCUUGGUCAAGGACGGAGACGUUUUGGUUCUGUUCCUGCUGGGUUUGCCAAACGGAAGUGACUUCAUAAUGCAACAGGUCCGCAUACACCAGGAGAACCAGCGGCACAGAGACCUGCUUCAGAGCAACUUUGUAGACUCCUACAGGAACCUGACUAUUAAGACCAUGGUGAUGAUGGAAUGGCUGAGGGAUCGUUGUCCUCAGGCGUAUUACGCAGCAAAAGUGGACGCAGACAUGCUGAUAAACGUUGUUGCUUUGACACGGAUGCUUCUUGGCCCCAAAAGCUACCACAGCAACUACAUUACAGGACUGGUGUGGUAUGAUAACGUAGUCAUCAGAGACCAGUCCAGCAAAUUUUACGUCCCAUACGAGGUGUAUUCCAAACCGGUGUAUCCGCCCUACCCUUUGGGAAUGUGCUACAUCAUUUCAAUGGACCUCCCAGAGAAGAUCCUGGACGUGUCGAAAAAAAUCAAACCUAUUUUCAUCGAGGACGCGUACAUCGGCUUGUGCCUGGAGCAACUUCACAUCACUCCUACGAACCCUCCGAACAUGGAGCAGUUUGUUGUCAAGCCACCUCAGGAGUAUGACCGCUGCUACUACUCGGACCUCAUUGCCGUGAUAACGGACAGUCCUGCCCAGCUGGUCUCCUACUGGACAGAUCUUCAUAGACCAGGUCCAGCCUGCGGCAAAUAGAACCUCACUUGAUCAUUUUGGGUUGGGAAAUUAUUUCUGGAACUAAAACUGAAGUUACUGCUGGUGAAUAAAUAGCUAGCUAAACAAU